AUGGCGACCAAACCCGAUGAGAAAAUCGCAGUUCUGGAUGUUAAAUUAAAGCAGUUACUUAUUACAUGUGGGAGAACCGAAUCUGUGUUAGAAUCGACGAAAGAUAUCGCAAUAAAUCGCCAAAUAGAGUCGCUAAAAGCGCUUUCGAAAGAUGUUGAACAAUCGCGUCGCGAAGUCGAGCUACUAAAAAUUACAAACGACGAACCAGAAGAUGAAAUAACGACAUGGAAUGCCGAAGUUGAAGAGAAAUUAUCGAAGGCAGAUGAGGAUAUUAAGCGACUCGAGAAAUGGCAAGACGAAUACAAGCAAAAGAAAGAAUCCAUAGCGCGAGAAGAGCAGUUCAAGUUUGAAAUGAAGCUUCACGAAACUAAAUUACAACUUCAAUCGGAACAGAAUACGAAAGUUUUGGGUAAACAAACCAUUGGAGCGGAGAAAGAAGUUGCCGUAAAGCUGCCAAAGCUAGUAAUAACGAAGUUCGACGGGUCAUUUACCGACUGGAAUCGGUUUUGGGGGCAAUUCAGUGAAUCUAUAGAGAAAUCUGGCAUCGCAAACGUUGUGAAAUUUUCGUAUCUAAAAGAGCUACUUGGCGACAAAGUACGACGUGACGUCGAGUCACUUCCGUUUACUUCCGAAGGUUAUAAUCGGGCGAAAGCUAUAUUGUGUGAGAAAUACGGGAAAGAAAGCGAGAUCGUGAAAGCAUAUAGUAAGAACAUACUAGAUUUACCGUUAAUAACAUCGAAUAACCCAAAAAGGAUCAGCGAGUUCAGCGAAAAGUUAACGUACUGUGUACAGUCCUUGCAGACUAUGAAAAAGUUGGAUGGCGUGAAUGGUCUGACCUCAUUGACACUUGACAAAUUACCGGCGAUUCGGGGAGAUUUGGUAAGAUCAGAUAAGGAAUGGGAGUCUUGGGAUCUGGACAAACUUGCAGAAGCCUUGCGGCUGUGGGUGCGCAGGAAUCCAGUUGAUACAUCACAUCGUGAUCGGGACGAAGAGCAAGAGAAGAAGAGACGAGAGAUGAAACUGUUUCAUUCUCGUCUAGGACGGGGUUGUGUAUAUUGUGAUUCUAGUGAUCACAAAGCUAAUGACUGUCAGAAAGUAACAACAGUCGCUGAUCGCAAACAAAUCCUUGCCAAGAAACAUCUUUGCUUCAACUGUGCUCUCGGGAGCCACCAAGCAGCCAAAUGUCAGAGUAAAAAUUCGUGCCAAAAGUGUGGUAAGCGGCACCACACAUCUAUAUGUGAUAAAUCGACUACAUCAGAGGAAAGAAAAAUCGCUUUGACCGCAAAUGAAGUAGGAGAGGGGGUAUUCCCAGUAGUCUUGGUGAAAGUAGACGGGAUAACAACGCGAGCACUUAUUGACAGUGGGUCCAGCAGCUCCUAUGUUUCAGCGAAAGUUGCAGAUAUGAUGAACAAGAAGCCAAGCGAACGUACGACAAGACAGGUGGAAAUGUUGAUGGGGACACAUACUACUCAAUUGGAACUCUAUGAUGCUGAGCUCUCCUCCAUCGAUGGUGAGUUUAAAAUGGAUGCGAAAUUGACAAAAGUGAACAAGUCUCAAUUGCUAACAAUACCCAAUCCACAAUACCAACGAAUGGCAGCGACAUAUUCCCACCUACAACCAGUCGACAUUGCGGACAAGGAUACCAAAGAUCAACUACCUAUACAUAUAAUCCUCAGCGUGGGGGAUUAUGCCAAGAUCAAAACAAAUACAAAGCCACUCAUUGGGAAAACCGGGGAACCCAUCGCGGAACUUACUCGAUUUGGAUGGUUCCUCAUGUCUCCAGGUAAUGAGUUUGACAGACGAACAAUGUUAUUGACACAAACCAGUCAACUCGACUACGAGCAGCUCUGCCGCCUUGAUGUACUGGGUCUAGAAGAUUCAUCGGAACAUGAUCAGAAGAUAGUACAUUCAGAAUUUAAAGAGCAAUUACGGCGUUCGCCAGAAGGAUGGUAUGAAACUGGCUUACCUUGGCGCAGCAAUCACCCGGUACUCCUUUCGAACAAGACCGGAAGCCUGCAUCGCCUGAAUGGUUUGACCAAGAAAUUGCAACGUGAUGGCUUGACUGAGCAAUAUGACAAUAUAAUUCGUGAACAAGUGGAAGCAGGGAUUGUGGAAAAGGCACCGGACAUGCCAGUGAAUAAAGAAUUCUAUAUACCACACAAGUGUGUUGUCAAGGAAAAGUCGGAGACGACCAAAUUACGUAUAGUAUACGAUGCUUCAGCACGUGCAACGCCGGACAGUCCAUCCCUGAACGAAUGCCUGCACAGCGGUCCAUCCCUGCAAAACAAGCUCUGGGAUGUCCUGAUCCAGCAACGAGUUUUUCCUGUAAUGGUUUCGGCAGAUAUUCGUCAAGCCUUUCUACAGAUACGAGUGAGAGAAAAUGAAAGAGAUGCCUUGCGGUUUCAUUGGCGGAGAAGUGAAAUGGACGUGGUAGAAACAUUUCGUUUUGCGAGGGUAUUAUUCGGUUUAGCUCCAUCACCGUACCUGCUCGAAGGGGUCCUUGAAAGUCAUCUCGACGCAUGGGCUGACAGAUAUCCUGAUGAGGUUGCACUGCUACGCCGUAGCAUGUAUGUUGAUGACCUGUUAACGGGAGGGAGAACUGUCCAAGAAGUACAGACGAGGAGAGAGAUAGCGAAGGAAAUAUUACAUGAUGCCACUUUUGAGCUUCACAAAUGGAACUCAAACAUUCCACAAUUAGAAGAUGAUGCAUCCCCAGAAGAUCACCGAGAGCAAUCCUACGCGAAGCAGCAACUUAUGGUCAAAUCGAGUGAAACUAAGCUACUAGGGCUGAAGUGGGAUAAACGUAAGGACACCCUAGCAGUGACAUUUCCGGACGAUGAAGUGCAGAAAACGAAGCGUGGGGUAUUGAGCAAGCUGGCGAAAGUAUACGAUCCGUUGGGGCUGGUUUCACCGGUGACUCUCGAAGGAAAGCAAAUAUACCGAGACGUGUGCGACGCAAAGACAUCUUGGGACGUGAACCUUGACGGUAAACUCCUGGAAAGAUGGGUGAAAUGGGAACGCUCCUUACCAUUGGAACAAACGGUACCGAGAUCAAUCGUGAAUCACCAAGAAGAAGUUACAGAAAUCGAACUGCACACCUUUGGUGACGCAUCCAUUCAAGGUGUUGGGGCUGCAGUAUACGCUGUUGUCAGACAACCAUCGGGGACAACUCAACAACUAGUGACGGCUAAGAGCAGAUUAGCGAAGCGAAGCUUGACUGUACCAAGGUUAGAGUUGGUUGGUGCACACAUGGCCACCAACCUGGCAGUAAAUGUUCGUAACGCCCUUCCGAAUGUUCCAGUGCCAUCUAUUCAUGCAUGGACCGACAGCAUGGUUGCGCUACAUUGGAUAUGUGGAAAUGGAAUGUACAAACAAUUCGUAGCCAAUCGUGUGGCCAAAAUCCAAGCGCACCCGGAAGUCCAGUGGCGGUAUGUGCCCACAUACGAUAAUCCUGCUGACAUAGCAAGUCGUGGAGGAAAAAUCUCAUCUUCAGAGCUAUGGUGGACUGGACCAGAAUGGCUCCAAGAUCCUUCUCAAUGGCCAGAUAACCCAGUGGUACAGACGUCGCCUGAAGCGGAAGCAGAAGCGAAGGUGAUUCGUGAAGUCCUAUGUGUGUCCAAAUCAGAACCAGCAUCUGACGAAUUUGACGAUAUCCUUGGACGAACCAGCUUUCGUAGAACUCUGCGGAUUUGUGCCUGGAUGAACCGAUUCAUCCACAACUGUAGAUAUCAAGAUAAGAGAGUCGGACCCUUGGCUACAGAAGAAGUUGAAGCUGCAAAGGAAUGGUGGAUCAAGCGAGUACAGUUGCGGGACAGCUUGCAAACCCAUUACCCGGAAACCAGCGCUCGUUUAGGCCUCGAACGAACUGAACGUGACAUCAUGGUAUGCAAAGGGAGAAUCCAGGGAAGUUAUCCUAUUUACCUUCCGCAUGAUGCAGUAUUUACAAGGAAGCUAAUUCAGCGCGUACACUGUGAAACGCUCCACGGGGGAGUGGGGAUUACCAUGGCCGCAGUGAGAGAGUGUUAUUGGGUCCCUCGACUUAGAUGUUUAGUUAAGAAAGUACGCGGUGAUUGCUGGGGUUGUAAGAGAUUCCGUGUGAGAGCAGCAACCGUACCAGUUCCGGGACUUCUACCAAAGGACAGAACUAAUCCAGGAACUGCCUUUGAAGUGGUCGGUAUAGAUUUCGCGGGACCAGUGAAAUACAAGAAAACGGCGAAAACAGAAGGAAAGGCAUAUUUGGCAAUAUUCGCUUGCAGCCUGUCAAGAGCCAUUCAUUUGGAGCUUCUGCAAAACCUCGAGACGCCCACAUUUCUCGUAAGCCUGAAGAAGUACAUCGCCCGCCGUGGGCGCCCGCGAGUAAUAUAUUCUGAUAACGGUGGAACAUUCGUGAAGGCGAGUGCCUGGUUAAAGCAAAUACGUAAGGAUGAACGAAUACGUGGGCUAGUUGAGGAAUACGAGAUAACAUGGAAGUUCAAUCUCAGCCGCGCCCCGUGGUGGGGCGGCCAAUUUGAAAGGUUAAUCGCAGUGGUAAAGUCGGCAAUGUACAAGGUUGUUGGAGGAGGAUUCUUGACGUGGGACGAACUAGCUGAACUGAUGUUAGAUAUCGAAAUACAGAUAAACCGACGACCCUUAUCAUACAUGGAGGACGAUGUGGAAUUGCCAACCCUAACCCCAUCUACAUUCUUGUACCAACGUUCAAACCAUCUACCCAUCGAAGAGUCAUGGAGAAUCGAAAGUCAUGAUCUUAGGAAACGAGCUAAGUACCUUCUUGCCUGCAAGAACAACCUGUGGAAACGUUGGAAGAGGGAAUAUCUAACGGCACUGAGAGAAAGACAUAGUAUGAUUCAUGCGAGAACGAAGUUCUGUCCCAAAUCUGGAGAUGUGGUCAUAGUGUUGAGCGACAACAAGAAUCGGGGAGUGUGGCCUUUAGCUGUGGUCGAAGAAACCUUUCCUGGCAAGGACGGAGUCGUGAGAGCUGUGCGGCUCAAGACAAAGAACGGGGUACUGGAAAGACCGGUGCAGUACUUAUAUCCCAUGGAACUGAGUUGUGACGAGUUUUCAAAGAAACCAACGAAGCUGAAUGCUGCAGCACCAAAGUUUGAACCUCGACCGAGCAGAGCAGCUGGCGAAGCAGCGCGUAUACGUAUUCAAGAGAUGGCAGAAGAAGGCGACAUAUGAACAUAUGAACAAAUCGAACACGCAGAUUUUAAUCUAUAUUUACAUUGAGUUAAAGUAGGAAAGUUGCAAAACAAUUAUUAUUGGCUAAACUGUGAAAUAAUAUACAUCCCCCUGGGAAUGUAUAUGGGGGAGUGUGUCGGAGAUUGUGACGAACACUCGCGUGACCGGAAGUAAACUGCUAUAAUUCAGCCAAUAGUAGGGCUGCAUUUACAUGUGCUUAUAUAGCGAAAUAUUUUGUUGUUGACAGAGAGAGUUUUUGUGAGAUUACCGAUAUAUAGCGAAGAUAUAUCAUUAAAACUUUAUUUAAAUAUCGAUACGAGUGAUUUUUCGUAGAUACGUACUCUGGAGGCGAGUAAUUUACGAAAAUCAUAGCUAUUUUGAUCAUUCCAUUGAUAGAUAUACUUCAGUAUUGCAUGCACGUUUGCGUUUAAACUGUUGUGCGUUGAACUACUAUCUAUUUAGAAUAAAGCGUACUUUAACACCCGACUGUAUUUGUGGUGCUGGCUGUGAAACAGUAGCUCAUUACCUGUUAAAAUGCCCACGGUAUGCUGCUCUAAGAUCAAUCUUACUCUCGGCUGCUGCACAAGUUUAUGGUGAUAGCUGGUGUCAUUUAUCUGACAUGAAAAAAGUGAAUAUACUUAUGUUUGGUUCAUCUAACUUAGAACUCAAAGACAAUACUGUGAUAUUUGAGUAUGUUCAACAAUAUAUUAGGGAAUCUAAACGUUUUCUUUAAUUUCGUCAAAGCUAUCAUCUUUCGUUGUUUAAUUAAUUUAUUAUGUGUGUUUCUAUAUAUCUGUCUUGAACUUUGUAAAAUCAAUGUAAAUGUAACUAUAUGUCUGUCUAGUCUAAUGUAAUAGUAAAUGUAACGUAAGCCCCUAGAUGAGCCUAGUGCUCUUGGGUAAACGUUAAUAAUAUAUAUGUUUAAAUAAAAUAAUAUACUUCACGAACGAUCAUUAUUAUCUCCAGGAUGAUAUUUAUGAACUUGUAAUUAAUAUUGUUAUACAGUAUAGUCAAGUACUUUCAUAUGAAAAGUUAUAUUAAGUAUUUCACAUUGAAAUGGAAAUAAAUAUGUAUUACCAAAUUAUUCGUACUUGUUUUUUUCUAACUUCGUGAUAUUCGUACUGAAACUUUAAGUGUUUUUUAUUGUUGCUAUGUUUCUCUUUCCAGUUGCAUUUUUCACAUCUGCUUCUGGUUAUGUCGAAAUAAAUGUAUAAAAUUCACUCGAAAUUUCCAUCUACAAAACCCUUCAACAUUCGAGUGAGAUUUCCCCAAAAUUUAACAAACCCAUGAACCAUAAAUGCCAUAAGUAUUACCCAUUACUCAUAGAUAUUUACUCAUCUAAUCUAAUCUAAUCUAAUCUAAACCUUACCAGAGUAUCACCUUAGUAUAUACAUAGUUAAUAGAGGAGAUGGUUUGGAAACUCGUUAGCAUUACAAUAAAAUCACAAUAAACCUCAUUAUCUAUGUUGUUCAGGUUUAUGCAACUUUCAUCGUCACGUGCGUAUUGUAUUUUAUUUUCCUCAAGUCAACCAAUAGGAAUGUUCAAAAUGUCCUAUUGUUAAAGUCAUGGAUGGGCAAUUGGACAAAACCGUUGCUAUUUGCUGGUUGAGCAAAAAUACAAUACGCACGUGACGAUGAAAGACCACAUUUUUGCAUAAACCUGAACAAAAACAUAGAUAGCGAGGUUUAUUGUAAUCCUGGUUAAGCCUGGCGCACACAAUGCGAUUUUAGUCGGCCGAUAAAAAUCGUUUGACAUACCGAUAUACAUCGGUAUACUCCGCACACGAUUACGAAAAAAAUACGCUCCCUGAACUGUAGCCGCCAUGUUGCCAAAUAAAUACAAGCACGUGAUCACAGCAUGAAAUCUGAUUGGUUAUACUUAAAAUUCCACCGAUAAAAAUCGUAUAAUAUCAAAACGUUUUGUCCGAUUAAAAUCGAGCAACAAAAAUCGGUUAAAAAUGACACCGCACACACAACGAUUUUGUUAGUUUUAGUCAAACGAUUUUUAUCGGCCGACUAAAAUCGCAUCGUGUGCGCCAGGCUUUAGGUGUAAUAAAUGCAUAAAUUCACACUUGAAAUUCCAUCUGCAUGUCUGUUGUUAUUUAUUUAUAACUUCUUAUUUAUGAAUAAUAUAAGUACUGUUUAAUAAACAAGCAGGAGUGUUUUAUUAGGUUUAAAGCCACGAGCGCGCAGCGCGAGUGGCUUUAGACUUAAUAAAACACGACCUGCGAGUUUAUUAAACGGCUUCAAAACACGACUACAAAUUCAAUAGAUAUACUGCCUUAUUUGUAUUCUUUAUAUAAAGAGUACUAAUGAGGACACGGCUACAAUAGAUACUGCCUUAUUAGUAUUCUUUAUAUAAAGAAUACUAAUUAGAAGUAUUUUAUCAGGCUUAAAGCCACUGCACGUGACAUAUUAUGGUUGACAUGAUUUGCCAAUAACCUUAUGAAUUAUUAAUGAGUGUUUGAAGCUUAAUUUAUGAUGAUUGUUAUACAAUUGUCAAGUACUUCCAUAUGAGAAGUUGUAAUAACAGAUAUCUUUUCAUUGCAGUUCAUAUUGAAGCAGAAAUAAUUAUAUUUUUAAAAAGAAUUCUUCCGAGUAGAAGGGCAUUUUGUUAUCAUACACUUGUCAGUAUAUACGAAAACGAGAUGAAAUGAUAGAAUGAAGCAUGUUCACAUGAAUGAAAUAAGUAUAUACUGACUUGUAUACUCGAUCCCUCAAACUUGUCUCCCAAAGUCUGGUGCAUUUGCAUUAAAUUGGUUCAAAGAUUUGCAAUUCGAAUCGCUACAUGCAUUACUGACAAACAGGCAAAAUUUGGCUGAUGGACUUUUUGGAAAGCUGGUAAAUAACACGUAUAACUGACACUUGUCAGAUACACAUCCGAAUACAGACACCUCCGAUCUGUUCUAAAAGUACACCCGAGUGGACCACGAGUGACCAAGAAUGACACAAAUGGACCACGAGUGAUAAAAAGCCGUUUCGGAAAUCGAGAGUUAAGUGUCGAAAAAUAUUUACAAACUUACUGUGAUAUUGUUUCGUAGUUACUAAUUCCAUAAGAAUGGGUUUAUAUUUUAUGCCGAGUGUUAUUUCCGCUAGAAAAAAACACGAAAACAAAACGUUUUUCGUCAGUGCCACUGCCCUUCAUCUCGUGGGAUAGGUUGCCGCUGGAAACGUUGACAAUGGCAGUGGCCCAACUCCUUUGAGCAGGGACGCUAGGUCAAUUGGGGGCCCCUGUGAAUGACAAAGUGGCGAAGUUGAGGUUGUUUACAUCUUCUUUACAUGUUCUUGCCGUAGCCGGCGCCCAGUUGCUACUUUGAAUGGGCAGCACCAGGGGUCCUCUUGAAUUUUAGCCGAGGAUUCUUUAGUACAAAGUUACGCCACUGUUGAUUUAUUAUCACUAUUAUGAUUUAUUAUCACUAUAUAUUAAUUGUUUAUUGCAUUUAGCUCCUGGAAGUGCGCCCCGUUCUAUUGCUGUAAAGUCAACGGAAACUGGAAGUUUUGAAGUAUCGUGGCUGCCACCUGAGUACCCAAAUGGCAGGAUUAGCUUCUACACAAUCUACUACAGUGACGAACCACACAAAUCUUGGGAGACAUGGCUAUUUACGUUCGCAACGAAAUCUCCACGAAAAAUCAGUCAGAUUCAGAAUGAUCGCCGUUAUGCUGUGAGGAUAUCAUCAAGUACUAGUCGUGCUGCAGGUCCUAUAUCUGAACCUUUCCUUGUCCAAACACUACAGGGAGGUAAGUUACUUUCGAGUACCAAAGAAUUGUUAAAUUUUUUAUUAACCAUGCAGGACGUUAUGAUUUCAUCUGCGUUUGUAUAUGUGUGUGUGUCUGUCUGUCGGCACGAUAACAUAUUAAUACGAAAUCAUGCAAAUAUUAACAAGACGCUCUAUAGAGCGUUAACUCGCUGGGGCUAUACAAAUACGCACAUUAAUGUAUACUGUAUGAUACAUAUAAAGUACACAGCUAUUUCAAUUAAGAUUUAAAGUUGUCCCCGAGUUAAGCGGAAAUGUCGAAUACGAGCGCGAAACAUAUGAGGUGGUAACGUGAUGUUACAUAUAGGGACAUGUUACAUAUAGGGAUAUGUUACAUAUAGGGGCAAACAUAAUGACGCAAUGUUUAAUGACAGAGGAAGUGACGUAAUAUUUCCAAGUUAAUUACAAUACGAGUCGUGAUACAUAUAAGGGCGGGGGUAAUAUGUAACAUAAGGUUUACACGCCUGCCCCUAUAUGUAACAUAAGGUGUUCACCCUUAGAUCAUUGUAAGUUAAGGUUUAUAACUCUGCCCCUAUGUGUAACAUAAGUUUUUUACGCCUGCCCCUAUAUGUAACAUAAGGUGUUCACCCCUAUAUCUGUGUAAGAUAAGGUUUAUACUCCUGCUCCUAUAUGUAACAUAGGUUUUUCACCUGGAAUUAACUUGAAAAUAUUUCGUCACUUAAUUAAACAUUGCGUCAUUAUGUUUGCCCCUAUAUGUAACAUACCCCUAUAUGUAACCUGUGAUGUAACAUCACGUUACCACCCCUGCUCGCGCGAAAGGCUGUUUAACACAGUACUAAAAUGCGGUGCUCUACAAAUAAAACGUCCGGGCGUUCCGUCUGCAAGUAAAGUUAUAUUUAGUACGCUAUAUACAUUCUUCUGUCGGCCGCUAGUUGGUCCGUACGCAAGGAUUAAACUGCGCUUUAAAACGUUCAAAAGAAAAUAUUUUGGGUCUUUUGGGCUCAAAAUACUAUCAAAAUGAAGAGAGAAGUGAGACGAAUCCACUUGUAUACGGCCGAAAAAGAGAAAACCAACGAUACCAAAGUUAUCAAGGAUCAAAUGGCACUGCAUUUUUUAUAAUUACUCGCUGGGGCACCUGUGCUCUGGCGAGUAUAGGCACAGAAUAAGGCACACAGAAGGGCCACUUACGUCGGAAGCUUUGAAGUUUCCUGUCACCCUGGCCGCUAUCUUCCUAGCCAGUCGAUUACGUUUUCUGGCCAAUGAACGCGCUGUAUUGGCUGGCCGCCAUCUUCCUAGCCAGUCAAUUUGCAUGUUUUUGCAUAGAAAAAUGGGGACACGUUGCACCGCUGAGUGGCCCUUCUGGUACUGAUCUUUAUUCUGUGGUGUAGGUUUCGGCUCUGAUUUUUCUCCGAUUGAUAGCCACAAAAUAGAAUACUAAUGAGCUACCUAGUUUUACCCAAAUUAUCCAUUUGGCUCCUGCCAAUUUUUACCCAAAUUAUCCAUAAAUAACCCUAAGUAUUGAGAAAAAUUCAAGAAUAUUACUAAAAAAGCCAAAGUUGCUGUUUAUUUUAACCAGUAUGAACAUGUUUACGUUCUUUUAAAACUGACAUUUUACUGCACUGAGGAUUCAACGACACGGAACAAUGAAUUUGGAGAUGUGUUAAUGCCAAAUAAAUCUUGUUAAGCGGUCAAAAUGGCAUCUUCUAGCCCGACAAAAAUAGAAAUACAAAGUAAGACACAGCUAUCGCCGAUGGCGAUGCACAGGAACUAUUGUAUGAAAUAUAAACUCAAUAUAAGACUGCUAAUUAAGUGCUAACUAUGCUUUUGUAAGAACAGAGUAGACCAGACACAGUACUAACUAAAUGCGGUGCUUUACAAAUAAAACUUUCAUGCGAUUCCGCAUACAAGCUGUGCUAUAUGUAAAGGUUAUAUUUUAUCGUAUUCGCUACAUUCCUGUCGGCGGACAGUUGUUCCACACGCAUGGUUAAUACUUCGCUUUACAACCUUCAAAAUAAACAAUUGUCGGAUCAAAAUACUAUCAAAAUGAAGAUAAAAGUGAGACGCAUCCAUUCGUAUACGGCCGAAAAGGAGAAAACCAACGAUACGAAAGUUAUCAAGGAGCAAACGUACUGCAUAUUUAAAUAGCUGAAUAAUAUAAAUUUUGAGAGCGAUUUGUGACAUUUGUCAACAAUACAAUUUCGCUUGACUUUCAAAGGUCAUAUAUCGCCAAAAUACUGCUGUUCAGUAAUGAAUUUGGUAUCCUAAGUACAAUUUCGUACGCUGAUUCGAACGAUGGUAUUUUUUUCCCGGUUGGGUCACUUGGAUGCAUAAUAAACCAGAGAUAGUCGGUCUCAGUCAGCGAUUUAGACGGGCAAGGAAUUUUCAGAUAGGCAGUGGAAGCAUUUGUUUCGGAACAAACUCCUCCCCCCAAACCGUCUGCUGUCAGGUAGCGGUGCCAAACUUGACACAUCGGUGGGACACCGCAAUUUUGCAACAGGGGACAGAUCACAAUUAACUCUUCAAUUGGCCAUAUGAUUGUAGUACCAAUGUACCAUCACUGGGAUCUGACAAGUGUAUCACUAUAGGCAGCCCAUUAGCUUUUGACCGCUUGCGCUGAGAGACGGACUUGAACCAAGUCUACCCAUUAGCCCCAGCGAGUCAACGCUCUUUCGAGCGUCUUGUUAGUUUAAUAAUUUUGAGCGAUUUGUCAACAAUACAAUUUCGCUUCGCUUUCAAAGACAAAGGCCAUAAAUCGUUAGAAUACUGUUGUUUAUAUAGUAUAAAUACAUUUGACAUCCGUAAGUACAAUUUCUUACAUUGCGCCAUUUAAUAGGCAUUACAAAUACAAUAUCAUGUUUCACACUACAGCUUUCACCUUUCCACAGACCACAGCUAUAACUAUAAGGGACUGUUGUUGGAUAAAUUUUAUAUUGAUAUGACACCAAUAUGCUUCUCAUAAAGUAUUUAUCUAUUAUAAAACUACGUUGUGUAGUGAAAGUUAUAACCUUUUACCUUGAAAUUGUCUUUGGCUCGUUUAGAUUCAGAUUCAGUAUAUCAUGAUCGUGCACGGGAAUUUAACGAUCCAAAUUUCGGAUUUUCAAUUUCAGAGUCGUGCACCAAGAAAAAUGCAUUAACUAAACUAGCAAGAAUGUCCAGAGUUAGACACAAUGCAAAAUCCAUAGAAAACAGAUACAAUUCGUUGAAAAUUUUAACGAAAUUGUUUGAAACAUUUUGCCCACUCCACGAAAUUGUUUGAAACAUUUUGCCCACUUGCAGACUUGCUGUUUCCAUGUCGAAAUUUCUUGUAAAAUUGUUCAAUUUUCCCGAAUUUUCCUCAAAAUGCAGGAUUAUUUAUGGUUAAUUUGGGUUAAAUUGGCAGGAGCCUUAUGGAUAAUUUGGGUGAAAAUUAGGCAGCUCAUUAAUAUUCUAUUUUGUGGCUAUCGACGAUUGGAGAUUGGAGAUUGCCGAUCCAAGAAUGCUGCCGAAACCUAUACUCACCUGGGCACAGAUGCCCCAGCGAGUAAUUAACAAAUAUAAAACAUUUUCCGUAUUGAUAUACAGUUAUAUCAACACGAGUGGAAUUGGGAAAACGAGAAAUUGUAUGGAAACACGACGCCCGAAGGGCAGAGUGUUUUCAUACAAUCUCGAGUUUUCCCAAUUCCACGAGUGUUGAUAUAACUAUAUAUCAAUACGGAAAAAAGUUUUAUAUUUGUUAAUUACUCGCUGGGGCACUUGGAUCGGCAAUCUCCAAUCUCCAAUAUAGCAAUGUCAAAAGCCCGAAGGAUAAGAAACAUUUCCGUGUUUACAAGCGGCCGAAAAUUUCCCGUGUUGACAUUGAGUUAUAUCAACACGGCUCUCAGCCUAUCAGCGUUCAGACUUUACAAAUGCUAUACUAUAAUACCAAUUAUAAUCAACUUUAUUAUUAUUAUUAUUAAAAACCCUCUGGCAAAUAAUAAAAUUACGAUAAAUAGCUUAAUUAAAAUGUCUAUAAAGGUAAAUAUUUAAAUUCUAUACUAUUAUAUUUACAUAUACUACAUUCUCACAGUCACCGACAUUGCUUGAAAGACAGUUGUAAUGUCUUAGUAGCGGAAAAGGAUGAAGUUUUCGCACCGUCUUGUUUUAGUUACUUUACGUGAUGCUCUUGAAUUUCCCGAUCUCAGGCUGUAACCGUGGGAGUAAGACUCAGCCACAUCUAGUAGAUGGUUUAAAGGAUGACAUGGUUGUUGUACUGUAUUCAUAUAUUUUUGGCACAAGAUAUUCCUACGGUUUGAUAGCAAUGUGAGUCCAGAGAUUCGCAAGGAGUCACUGUAUUCUGACGCUGGGUAAAUAAUACGCAAUGCCCGUCGUUGGACAUCCUCAAGUUGGUUACUUAUAUACAGGGUGUAUAAAAAAAAAUGCAACCUCGGAAUUUCCUAAGAAAUCAUUUUGCAAUUCUUAAGCAUAAAAGAUUUUAGGCCCCUGGGAAUUGAAAUCGAAUUGCUAAUAGAUCAUAUUACUGUUGUUGUGCAUUAAAUAAAUGCAUAAAUUUAUCCGAGAAGUUUAUAACUAUUCACUCGUUCAACAACCAUUCCAUUUAUGACUAGGGGACGGCAUGCAAUGUUGUCAUAGGUCAUGAAAUUAAUUAUCAUUUCCUUGCACUUUCGCGGGUUCAAUUUCAUGCGAUUUGUAACAGCAUAUUGAUGGAUUUCUUCUUCAACAAUCAUAUGUAAUAAACUCGGUGAAUUCCUCGGUAUUAUUUCUGCUACAGUUAAAUCAUCGACAAAUUUAAUUCUGUUGCCCCAUUUCUUUGCCAAUUCAUUGACCAUAACAUUAAACAAAAUUGGACCCAACCUUGUUCCCUGCGGAAUUCCUCCAUUAGUUGUUUUCCAUUCCGAUCUAAUUCCAUUUAUUAAUUGGACACACUGGGAUCUAUUGGUAAGGAAGGCAGCAAUCCAUCGUUGUAAAAUGGGAUGGACACCUAAGGAUUCCAAUUUAUUGGUAAGGAUGUUAUGAUCAAUCAGAUAGAAACCCUUCGAAAAAUCUGCAAAAAAAUUCGAAUUGCACAGUGUCCUUUAUCAAGAGUUUCAUAUACAAGAUGUAACAAAUCAAUUAAGGCAUCAGUCGUGGACCUUCCUUUCUGUGCAUAUUGUUUCUCGUCAAUUUUCCAGACAGUUGCGAUAAGAGGCGUUUACAAGUAAGACCUUCUAACACUUUGGCAAUUUGACAUGUAAGGCUUAUUGGUCGUAUAUCUUCCUCAAUUGUUUUAGGGGGAUAAGCUUUUGGGAUGGGGUGAACUAGGGAUUUUUUCAGCAUGUCUGGAAUCAAGGAUUGUUUCAUUGAUGAAUUGUAAAUACAAGUAAUCGGAAAAGCAAGUUCCGUUGCAAAUUCUUUAAGGACACGAUUAGGUAAGCCAUCUGGGCCCCCAGCUUUCCUCAACUUGAUUUGACGCAGUUCAUUAAAAACUUCCCAUUCAUUGGUAAGAAGCCAAUCGGGUACAUCAUGGGAAUUUUGGGUAUUUAUGGGAAUUAAUGGGUCAAAAUGCUCACUUAGGCUUACGAGGAAGUUGUUGAUAUUAUUUGCCAGGUCAAUAGGGAAUCACAACCCAUCUUAGUUUCCAAUUGUUUCUGCCAAUUUUCUUUAUGUUGCUGUGACCCAGUUAAUUUCUUAAUUUCAUUCCACCAUAAUAUAGCAUUUGUAAAUUCUGAACGCUGAUUGGCUAACUCAAUGUCAACACGGGAACGUUGGAAAAUUUCUUUCUUUAUGUUUCUUUGUGUUAUAUUAUAAAAGAAAUAUAAAACACUUUUUUCCGUAUUGAUAUACAGUUAUAUCAACACUCGUGGGAAUUGGGAAAACUCGGUUUCCACACAAUUUCUCGUUUUCCCAAUUUCCACUCGUGUUGAUAUAACUGUAUAUUAACACGGAAAAUGUUUUAUAUUUAACAAAUAUAAAACAUUUUCCAUGUUGAUAUACAGUUACGUCAGCACGAGUGGAAAUUUGGAAAACGAGAAAUUGUGUGGAACACGAAGCCCGAAGGGCGGAGUGUUUUCACACAAUUUCGAGUUUUCCCAAUUUCCACGAGUGUUUAUAAUAACUGUAUAUCAAUACGGAAAAAAUGUUUUAUAUUUGUUUUAUAAUAUAGCACAAAGAAAUAUAAAGAAAGAAAUUUUCCGACGUUUCCGUGUUGACAUUGAGUUAUAUCAACACAGCCCUUAGCCAAUCAGCGUUCAGAAUUUGCAAAUGCUAUAUUAUAAUUGUUAAAUAUCAAACAUAUCAACACGAACUAAUGUAUCAAACGUAUUAAUAUGAAAAUUGGAUGAGAAAUUAAAUUUGGAUAAAGUUGGAAAAGAAAGUAUACCAAAAGUUUGUCUUGUUUUGCAACCUGGAUCAGGGGGGUUUCCUGUUUCGUUGGAGCUGUAGCCUGCACUCAGGCGCAGCUAGCCUCACCUGGCACCAGAAAACCUCUGAACCCUGCUUGCUUUGCCGCAGAGUAAAUUGAAUGCAUAAUUGUAUAAUUUGUAUAAUUUAUACAUUGUAUAAUUUAUGCUUGAUACAAAGCUUAAUUCGCUGGCGGAGGUGUGCAGUCUCCGAGUGCCUUCUAGUUUGAUAAAUAUUUUUUUGCAAAAGAACAAAGCUCAUGCUGUGUUGUUUGGAAACUUAAGUUAACAUUCGAGGUAUGCGCUUGUGAACGAGUAGAUGAGUUAUGAAUGCUCUGAGUUCAUGCAUCUGAACAUCCAUAACUCAUCCACUCGUUCACAUCCGUCAGAAGAAGAAAACCGCAGCAAAAAUUGCAAGUGUAAACGGGCCUUAUGGCCUUGGGUGACCACGGACCCAAUUAAUACGUGUAUUUCUGUGUUUAUAGCUCCGAGCAACCCCCAGAAUGUCCAAGCCAAAGUUAUAUCAUCAACUAAAGUUGAAUUGACUUGGAAAAAGCCCAGUUAUGAGGGAAGUGGUCAAGGAAUUGUGGGAUAUGAUAUUUAUUACAAUACUUCACUGGACGGGACUCGUGUUAAGGUGACAAUUCAUUCACCUGCUGACUUUUCAAAAGUAGUGACUGGAUUAAGUCCAGCUGCAAUCUAUAAAUUUGACAUAGCUGCAAGAACUGAUGCCGGAUCUGGACCAUUGUCGUUCCCUCAGUUUGCAACAACUUGGGAAGGUGGUAAGUCUACUGUCUUAUUUCAGAAUAAAUUACCAACAUUCAUCUUUAAAUUUACUUAUAUUUGGACAUCCUCCUCGACGUUGUACAACAGCUUGUUAGUUUCGUCCUAUUGUUAGUGCUUGACGACUUAAUGACAAUUUGAUGAAAUAACAGUAGGAUGGUUGCAACUAAUGGUUAGCACAUAUCUUGUCAACAUCAACAUGCGCAUUCAUUGCAGUACUUUAAUAUGCUGCAGUUGUAUGAUGUAGCUCUUUAACACUAAUCACUGCUCAAUAAUUGCUUGAAUGAUGCUUAAACGGAACUACGUAUGUUAGCGAAUCAGCGUUGUUACGUAUACAUUUCCAUUAAGUGACACUGCAGUACACGGCCUGGUGGAUAACUGAAAACGGAAAGACAGUUAUAAAUGGGAGUGACUAAAUUGAAAUGAUGACAUCUUAUUCCCAUACGUGUCAAUUCCUUUUUUGCCAAAGCUCUGUAGGAGAGCAAGAUUGAUGACGCCAACUAGGAACGUAGAUUAGACAUUAUUCCACGAGUUUUCUUUUUUAUUAAUAUAGCACCGUCAGCUCCUCCAAAUAACUUCAGCUGUACUGCUAUAGAUGCGAGUCAUAUCCACUGUUCAUGGCGACCACCACCACGUAAAGAUAGGAAUGGUCUAAUUAUUGGUUAUUUGAUCAGAUACAAACUGUCUAACAAAGACACAUCUGUUAAGAAGUCUGUUACUAAUUCUGUAUUAUCCAUGACCCUUGAUAAAUUACAAGCGUAUACUGUAUACCAUAUUGAUGUUGCUGCCAAAAGUUCUAAAGGACAAGGACCAUUUUCUGACCGUAUUGUGGUGACUACGCACGAAACAAGUAAGUAACCAUGUAGAAAAUAGGAAGUGCAGUGUUUUCACAUCGGCACUUCAAUUUCCAGGUGAGUUUGGAGCGGUCAAUGGACCAAUCCCAUAUUAAUCAAAAUUUUGAUCUCAACAAGUCUAGACAAAAUUUCAUCACAGCAUGAAAGAGCAUCAGCCAUCACAAAAUUAGUAAUAUUCCAAAGUUUCGUUGCGAAAUGUUGUAAAAUGCGGAUAAUUUAGCCUUGCGAAGUUUGUAAUUUUCAGUCAUUUUGUAUUACAAACGGGAAAUGGUUACCACUUAGGAAAAUUUUCUGCGCGUAAUACAAAAUGACUGAAAAUUGCAAACUUCGCAAGGCUACAGUAUAUAUUAUCAGCAUUUUACAACAUUUCGCAACGAAACUUUGGAAUAUUGCUAAUUUUGUGAUGCUUUUUCAAGCUGUGAUAAAAUUUUUGUCUAGACUUGUGUGUGCUGUCAUGUGGGUCGUUUAUCAACGUUGCGUACCACGGUCUUAAUGUUGUUAAGGGACUAAACACUACAUGCACCCUGGGCGUGAUGCACCUGUCAUUGCCCAGCUGUCUUUUUGCGUGUAAUUGGUCAGACAUAUUUAUAUUUGAAGCGCUUUGUCCUUUCACAAUGUGUCGUUUCAGAAAAGAUUUCCCCCCCCCCCCCCCACGGAGGACGUUUCUGCCGUCCGGAGGGGGAUGGGAAAAUAGUAAGUGUGUUAGGAUAUCCAAAGAGUGUAGGGGGUUAAGAGACCAUUCAUUAUUUAUGACCGGGGGUGGGCUGGCAAAAUUCAAUUAACAACUAAACAAAAUGUCCUGCCCCACCCCCGGCAUCACAAAAAAAUCAAUGAUCCCCAGUCUAAAACCUUCACUUGAAAUGUCGAAUCGUUUUUAAUCUUUUACUGUAAAAUGUUCAAACACAAACCUCGACAACUUAUCGUAUGUUUAUUUCCUUUUUUGUUUAAACUCUUUUCACUUUUUGCAGAGCCUUCUAAACCUCCUGAAAAUAUGACAGCUACAGCAAUAAAUUCAACAGCCAUAUAUGUUACCUGGAAGGCUCCUACUCCGCCGUUUGGUGCUAAAUUAACAGGUUAUCAGUUUCGUUACCGAAAGAAACCGCAGGAAGACAUAUAUAGAAUAAUUGUCAUUGUAGGAAAUAAACGGGUACGUAUGUAAACAAGAUGUAAAAUACAUGCAGUUGUGCCAUUGUUUCCAUCAAAGAAUAAACAGUGGCGGAUAAAAAUAUUAUUUACAUGUAUGCUCUCGUGAAACUAGUAAGAUAAGUAAGAUUCGCAUCCGAUCUGUAUCUGAUUCACAACCACUCGCCUUCGGCUUCGGCUCACGUUUUAGCCUGCUCGCAGACAUUGUAGCUCGCGUUUGUAAAUCAGAUACAGAUCAGCUGCUCAUGCUUUAUCUAUUACUUAAAGGUUUAUUUUGUCGUCAUUCUCAUAAUGUGCUUUCUUUGUAUCAUAGCGAAUAGUGUUGACUUCAUUGAAACCAGAGCAAGAUUACGAAUUCGUUAUCGCUGCAAAAUCAGCGAAAGGAACUGGAAGAUUAACAAAACCAGUUGUGUGUAAGACCAAGCAAGCCCCUCCUAAACCGCCUGUCUUAGUUUCGAAGAAACUUGCAGCUCCACAGGUCGGCGUGGCUCUAAGCUGGACAAGCAAAGCUCGAGAUAUUGAACAAUUUCAACUAAGAUAUGCAAAGGACGUGGAAAAAAUAACCAACGAAACCUUACUUAGUAAACUUACAUUUGUUGAAAAGAUUUUUUCAUCAUCAGUUACAGCGUAUAACGCCACUAACCUCGGUAUGUAUUAUAUAGCGGCUAGCUCUUGGUAGUGAAACUUUGUUGUUUAGUGAUUUUAGUCAAGUAAACACAUGUAUGUCACCUUUUAAAUUUCGCUGUCACAAGACGCGUACUGUAAGGACCUGCUCACAUAAUCCCAGCUAGGUGGGACAGUUGACGAGAUCCCGCUCAUAAUAUAAACUCUCUUCCAUCCCAGCAUCUGUUGCCGAGAUCCUGCCUAGCCCAGACACUCUAUAUUGGCUAAGUGGAUGCCUUUUCUCGCCUGUGCGAGUUUCCCAGCUAAGCAGGAUGAGAACAUGCCGUCUCGCCUAGUGAGGGUAGUAUAAACAUGCUCUAUGUGUUGCAUUGUGAAUCAUGCAAGAGAGGUUCAGAUUUGACUUCCACUACUUCUACCUCUCACUGGCUUAAUACGUACUUGACUGGUCAAUCGGGUGGAUUAAAUGCAUCUCAGAUCAGCAUCUGAUUGUAUUCCCCACAAGUAUUCCCUUUAGGACAAGGGGAUGUUUUUAUCAUUGUGUUUGCCCAACUUUGCAAAAUUCGUAUUGUGAUUAUAUAUAUAGGAGUUAGUGCUUCAUUCUCAUUGUAAUUCUGGCAAUGCGUAAACAAGUGUGUUAUUCUCGAAAUAUUAAAAUAACACGCAGGAUUUGUUUUAUCAGCAGAGCUUCUCGUUAUUUCGUAAUGCCCGUAGAAUCUGACAUGUCUGAGUUUUUUCCAGGUCAUGGUCUAUGGUAUGUGUUCAAAAUAUCUGUUAAAAACGUCGGUGGAUGGUCAACAGAGCGUGAGGCAUGGCUUCUUAUGGAUGCUGCAAAGCCCACAGGUCCACCUCUCAAUUUCAGAGUGGAGCCCAAGACGUCCACGUCUGUGCAACUCUCAUGGGAUUUACCUGAGAAAUGGAAACGUAAUGGCAAGAUAAUUGGUUAUGAAUUGAGCUAUCUACAAGUCGGUUCAUCUACCAAGAGAAAGAGUGAAAGUCUUGAUGAUAAAAGAUUGUUUGAAUUACAAGGUUUAAAGAAGUUUACAUCGUACCAAUUCAGGAUUCUGGCUAAGACAGUGGCAGGGGAUGGGCCUGCUGUGAACAUUGAAGGAAUGACUAAGGAAGAUGGUAAGAUUAGACCUCCCGCAUGCAACGACCAUGUCAUGGUUAUCGAUGUUAAAUAGUCUUGACUUGUUUGUCUUUUGUGAGCUGUAUGUAAAUCAAUCUUUACUGAUGCAAAAAUAUCGGCAUUCUGUUACACUGGCUACACGCGUCGCACACUACAUCAACAGGAUGUGUGUACAAGGCAUUUUCCGAGUUGUAACAAAGUUGAUAAGGCCAACAGACUCGCAACAAGUUCCAACAAGUCUGAUAUCGCCUGCAUGUAACAAGUUGACAAGUUGAUGACAACGAGAGACCCACCGGCUGGAUCGAGCCUAGAUGACAACAAGCUCAUAGCAACUUGUUACGAACAGCCUGUAUUUGUCUUGUUGGAACACCUUGUAGCAACUGUUACCGUCAUUAAACUUGGAGAUAAUAACUUGAAAUCUGCUGUGUUGGUGUAAUGUACUCAGGUGAAUAAGAUGUUUGUGUGAUGUUACUCUGAGUGUAUAUCCACACCAGGCAGGCUUGAAAAAUAUGCCUGGCCACGGCGGGAUUCGAACCUACGACCUUUGGAAUACUAGCCCAAUGCUCUUCCAACUGAGCUACGCGGUCAGGACGGUUCGAAAUAUCAGUUCCGAAAUAUCGCUUACUCGAACCGUCCUGACCGCGUAGCUCAGUUGGAAGAGCAUUGGGCUGGUAUUCCAAAGGUCGUAGGUUCGAAUCCCGCCGUGGCCAGGCAUAUUUUUCAAGCCUGCCCGGUGUGGAUACUCAGAGUAACAUCACACAAACAGAUAAUAACUUGUUAUUCAUUCCAGACAGAAGCGUACGGGACGGAAAAAAUUUAAGUGGGAGGGGACAGAAUUUUGCGCGACUUUUCCCCGACUUAACAAAAACAUUUUUUCCGGGUAAGAAUUGUCGGGGGGAGGGGGGACGAUUAUCGUCUAUUUUCGUCAAUUUUUCUUCCGUUUUCGACUAUUAUCUUACAUAUUUCUUUUUUUUUAAAAAAAUUUGUGGAAACAAUGCCCACUUUUGGGAAACAUGACAAACAAAUAAUAUUUUCGCAAUAAUGUUUAGUAAUUGACUCUAGAAGUGCUUAUGCAUGUCACCCAAUUUUCAAUCCACCUAAACAUUAAGUAUAAGCAAUGCGAUGUGGGAUACAUGUGGGUCAAAUAUUCAUUGUUUGACAGUGACGUGAUGUAAGGACUUCUAUGGUCAAUUUCUCUGGACCUGACAAUAUUUUAUUUCAUCAAAUAGUACCAAGUGAUUCCCCAACUUUGACCGACGCUGCAGGAAUGGGUACUAAAGUUGUUAGAUUGAAAUUCAAACCACCUUUAACACCUAAUGGCCGCAUCAUUGGAUACAAAGUAAACAUCUACUUGAGUAAUCCGACCUAUGCAGGAGUAUGGAGAGAUGAUGAGAUGAAUGAGAAUGAAAAUAAAAAUGAAAUGUAUGUGGGAAAACUUUUCAAACCUGAUUCUAAAUAUUGGUUUACUGUGGCUGCCAAAACAAGUGUUGGUUAUGGUCCAUUUUCUGACCCGAUUUUCGCUAAAACAUUGAGCUACGACCGUAAGUAUUGAAGGUGUUGAUAUACUAGUGUAUGUCAGGGAUACUGAAGUAUGAUAGUUCUUAGAUCAGUUAAUAUGUAGCUUAUUGGACGAUAAGAGUUCUUAGGUCGUUAAUUAUGUGUGACAUAUGGCAUCACAUACUACACGUCAUGAAGUGACAUCGGGAUUUUACUCACGUCGGUGAGUAAGGAGUGCUUACCUACUAGUCCAGACCAGGGAAAGCUGGAGAUACCAAUUUCGCAUCUAAUCUAUUAUUUGAGCCGUACCAAUGGCUCAAGGUGUUUAAUGCCUUGUAAGGGACUCCAAUGUCCUAUUGCAUUUCACACCUGUCUUUUGGCAAAUCUUUAAAUAAAUAAAUAAUAAAUAAAGUAGCUAUUGUUUGGGCCUAUGUUUUGAUAAGCUUGGAAUCUAUAAGAUCUUUCCACCCGUAGCCCCAGCUUGUAUCUUUAACCUUGCCAUGCAGGGAUUCCCCAGAACAUUGCCGUUGGUCCCCCAGGGUAAUGCACUCUGCCUUGGUUGGCCAUCUUAGUCUUAACUAUAUUGUUACAACAGUUACAGUGUAUGGCUAAAUAUCAGGAUUUGGGGUAUCUCGCUUAAUUGAUGCAACUUUUGCGAUUAGAACUCGACAAUUGGACUCUGUAGCUGAGUUGGUUCGAGCACUGCACUGGAAUCGCAAGACCACAGGUUCGAUUCCUGCCAGAGGGGCAAUAGUUGCAUUUUUCGCAACUUCUCCUGGUUAGGUCUCGUAAAUGUGUAAAAUUUACACUCGAAAACAAAACCCUCCACAACUGCUAUGUUUGUUCUUGACCAUUGCUUAAGUUUCCUCUUGAUGGCUGAAGCUGUGAUUAUUAUUUGUUUUAGUUCCGCUACCAGUUCGGAAGCUAUCUGUGGAUGUGACAAGUUCUAGUACAGUCAAGUUGCAGUGGGAUAGUCCUGUGGAUACAGCAGCUGUACACAGUUACAAGGUACUCAGCUUUGGUACAUUUUGUUUGAUGAUUGUGAUACCACACUUUCCCUUUCCUUUUUAGCAAAGACAAUACUUUACUACUGUGAACAGUGGGAAAAGUAAAUACAGGGUAUUACGUUAGAUUUUCUGGGUACAUUACCAAGAUACUAAGAAAUAAAUGCAGAUGAUACAAAAGUUCAAUUCAUUUCUUGUUGUUAGAUGUUUGUAAUUAACAACAAUUCUGUGCUGUGACUCGCCUGUGAGAAACAGGCAAUACAACAGUGAGCCUUAAUACUUGGAAACCGUUGUUACGUUGAUACUCGUCAUCGUGAGAAAUAUAAGCAAGGGAAGGGAAGGGAAGGAAACGAAAGGUCGUUUGUCUACUAGCUCUUCUGACAAAGAGAGUGCGCUCGAAACGCCGGAAUCUCUGCAAAAGUCGGUUUUCCACUAGACGGAGUUUUGCGCGCGGAGCAGAAGUUUUCUUUGUUAUUUCUAAUCAGUUCCACCCGAGAAAUCACAAGACAAAGAACAAAUUGCUCUCCGCGCGCAAAAUUACGCCUAAUGGAAAACCGGGUUUAUACCGAAACGGUGGAAUUUUCUACACCGCGCGAUCAACUCCCGAUUUUCGAUAUUUUAAUCAUACUUCAGUAAUACGAGCAACAAAAUUGCUGCAAACGGAUUUGAUUUCAUCGCAUUUAGGUAGAAAUUUUAUGCACGUUGACUUUUGUAUGAACACAUUAAUUAACAUACGUUGCAACUAACUAGGAAUUAACAACGUUCGUUGCAAGUUGCUUCAAUUUUAGUGCUUGUACAUGUAUUACUUCACCCUAACAUUUCUUUCAGAUCUCGUAUCGUAGUGAAAAGAUAUUCAUUGGUGGCGAUAAGAAAGAGGCUAAAAUUGAGCUACCUGAGGAAAUCAAGACAGUGAAUUGCUGCAAGCUAAAUUCGGCAAGUUUAGAGAACCUGGAACCAUGUACCGAGUACACUGUGGAAAUUGUGUCCGUCAGUAAAUCAGAGAGGGCGAGCGAAUCUAAAAAGAUAAAGAUUAAAACUAAAGUGGCAUCAUCACCAAUGUUUCCUCAACCAAAUAUCUCAACAAAUGGUAUCACUGAAGAAUAUAUACCAAUUUAUGUGCAUCCAGCCUCUGAGAGAUAUGGACCAAUCAGGUAUUUAAUGCUAUUUAUGUUUGGUAAUUAAUAUACGCGCCCUUAUGAUCCUGCAGGAAAUUUCGAGCGUGAGUUUUUAUACAUUUACGAGACCUAACCAGGAGCAGUUGCAAAAAAAUGCAACUAUAUAGUCCCUCUGUCAGGAAUCGAAUCUGCGGCCUUGUGAUUCCGGUGCAGCGCUCUGACCAACGGAGCUAGAGAGGCCAUAGCCUGAGUAUCAGACUCAAUUUUACAAAUAGAGCUUGACACAAAUCUUCACCCGGUCACUCUCCACCCACAACAAAGUUUAUAUUCUGUCAAUUUCACAUAACUGAACAACAACAAUGUAAUUAUAGUUAACUUAGCAUAUAUUGAAAUUUCGCGAAUUUUGGCCAAGAAAGGUUUGCUAAGCAUCACUUAAAAACGUAAUGAAAUGUUAAAAUGUUAAAAUACUAAAUGUUUAAAAUACUAAAAGUUCUAAAAUUCUAAAAAUCCCUUUCGACACGCGUUAUAUUAAUUGUCGUUAAACCUCUUCAGAAAAACGCUAAACCUCUGUUUCGUCGUUAAACCUCUUCAGAACCCGCCAUUUUGUUAUGGUAUAUUAACAACAUACAUUUAAUAAUAAAUACAACAAUUGUAUUUCAUUACAAAAACUGUAUAGAAUACACGAGUUUAAAGUUAAAAGAACCUACUCAAACGGUUUCAGCAGCAUAUCCCGUUGCCUGUUGUGUAUUUUUCUUCUUUUCUGUUACAUUCUUUAUUUUAACACAAACUUGAAAAAUCGUAGUUUAUAAACUUGCGAGUUGUGCCGCCAUUUUGUUUAUUUUAUGUAGCUAUACGUAGCCGGUCGGGGCGGGCUGCAAUUUUUCACGGCGGGACACUUUGCAUUUUUGUAAAGCCACGUGUCCAUAAAUCAGUGAAUCACGUUUGGUGUUCACCCUAGAUAUAACAGUUUGAUUUGAAACGGUCAGUGUAUUUGAUUCUUGGUUGUAGCAUACUUUCCUUUUGUCUAUAUAGCCAUUAUUUAAUAUACGUCGCAAGCCUUGGUAAAACAAUAUCAGAAGCCAGGGAAAGACUUCGGGAUAUCAGACAUUCACGAUCACGGCGUGCUGUCAACACGAAUGGCCGUGAUGACGUUCAUAUCGCGGGAAAACUGAAUGCAAGUGUUGUUCCAACCACAUUUAAAGUUGGUCGAGGUCAGAUUCAGAACGGUCAUACAAACAGACGUUUGGAACUUGGUCAUUUUUAUGCAUUCUCUAUCCAGUCAUGUGUUCUCGAUGAAAAUUCGGUACGUAUAUUUAAGCAGUCCGUUUAUUAUAGUUUAGGUGGUGCCUUUUACAAGCGAAAUUGGUUUGUGGUUGUGUCAAUUUCUGUGCUGUGUUCUCCAGCAUGGUUGGCACGUCAACACCAUAUAUUGGUGAGCUUAAGCAAGUGACGUUUUUGUAAACACGGGCGUCACCUGAAAAUUGGUACAACUAAUUUUGGCGACAUUUUGCAUCAUAGCGCUCGUCCAAGAAAGCAAAAAACUUUAAAAUUAUUUUGUUUUGUCAUAUUUGUUGAAGAUUGCCGCAAACUGAUACAAACACAGUUUUUCAUCCAGUCCUCCCUCGGCAGUCUGACCUCCGUGUUGACAAAAACGUCGUUUAAGGGCGGACCAUCAGAAAAGUGAUGGGGUUGGAGGAGGAAGUUCAUCUUCUGCUUGUGUUGGAUAUUUUUGCGGAAUUUAAAGGUAUUUCUUUUUGUUUUCCCUCUUUGCACGAACCCCCCACCUUUAUCACUUUUCUAAUGGUCCGCCCGUCACCACAAAGAAUAAACCAAAAAAGACCGCUAAGAAGUAGAGAAUUGUAUUUCUGAAUAUUUUAUUUUUGUUGCAGCUGUGCCUUACAACAUCCACAGCUUUCACUGAUCCAGUCGAGUUCAGUGGUAAGUAAAACCUUUCUGUUCUCAUGCUAGUGUGUUUAUAAACUAACCUCAUGAUAUCGAUCUAGUGGCAGCUCCUUAAUUACUAAGUUCUCUCCAGACGUCCAUGCAUGCAUGCAUGCAGUAUGGACAGUGUGAUUAAAGGAGACGGCAGAACAUGCGGUGUUUGGUACAGUCAAACUGGAAACGUUCUUCUCAGAUGUGACUACGGUGACAUUAUAAUCAUGCAUACAGUACAACUACAUUUGCACAUGAGUCGUUCCCGGAUCGCACAAGUGAAAUGCCCUUGCACUAACCACUGUGUGCCAUAUGUGUACUCAAAUCAUCUCCAGUAUAUUAUUAGAAUCAGUGAAGUAAAGAAACAUAAAUAUAAACUAGAGGGAGACUGCAUACCUCUGCGAAUUAAGUUAUGUAUCAUGCAUAAAUUAUACAGUGGGCUAAUUACACAGCCCCCACAGUUUACUCUGCCCAGCAAAUCAAGACAACUCUUGUUAAUUUCUCAUCGAAUUUGUAUAUUAGGUAAUCGCAUGGGGCCGAGUAAAAUUAAGGUUUAAUUUCACGCGUGUUUUCAAUGUUUCAGAAAUUGUGAAACUUGGAAAACACAAGUGAAAUUAAACCUUAAAGGGGCAGUAUGAUCAAAAAUUUUAUUUUCUUAAACGAAAGUGCUCGUAAAACUGUAUAAUAACUUGUUUUGAAGAUUUUUGUUCCCAUGCUUAGUUCCUGAGAUAUUUCAUUUUGUUUGUAACCAUGUGACGUCAUCUACUCAAUUACAUAUAUAAUGAGAUAUCAGUAAUUGUUGUGUAUCUUUGCUAUUUUUAUCAAAAUAUUUCGAAAGAUGCGGCGCGUUUGUUAAUUUAACCUGCAUCAUUAAGCAUACUGUGUUUUUUAACAAAUCGAUCAAAAAUAGCAAAGAUACACAACAAUUACUGAUAUCUCAUUAUAUAUGUAAUUGAGUAGAUGACGUCACAUGGUUACAAACAAAAGAAAUAUCUCAAGAACUAAGCAUGGGAACAAAAAUUUUCAAAACAAGUUAUUAUACAGUUUUACGAGCAUUUUCGUUUAAGCUUUGGUUUAAGAGAAUAAAAAUUUUGGUCAUACUGCCCCUUUAAUUUUACGAGGAACUAUGCGAUUACUUGUUAAUCAUAGAGGGCAAAAUUUAUUCGUUGUUAAUUGUGAACUUGUCAAGUUCUUGAACCUCGUAUUUCUCCAUGUCUUCGCCGAUGUUCCUUAAUGCUGCCAUUUCUUAAAUACUCCAACCCAUAAAUUUGUACUUUUCACUAGAAGUUUUUUUAAAAACUAAAUUAAAAUUAAUUUAAAAUUAGAAUUAAAAUUCUUCAGUAACAUCAUUAUCCGCGACGACAAAGCGAGAAGCCAUUGUUUUUAUUGCUAUUUAAAACAAGAAACUUCCCGCACUUGCGUCUCAGCCAAUUAGGUACAAGUUAUUUUUUCCCGAAUUAAGAAAAAAAUGCCCUCAUCAUUAGCCAAUCAUAUUUGAGUAAUUUUGCCCUCUAUAUGAUUAUCACCCAAAUUUAACCAAAUUUUAAUCAAUUUCACCUUGGGCAAUGUCAUUAGUCCCACAAAUUUAGUCUCAAAGUAGUUCUCGUUUUUAGUGCAGAGUUUCUUUGAAACUGUGCACUAUUGUGAUGACUGGGAAAAUUCACAUCAGUCAGUCAGUCAAUCAGUCAUAGAGUUAACUUUCCGGGGGGUGUAUUAUAUGUAUACGAUUUAUGUUUGUAGUGAUUUAUUGUGCUUUGAAGGUUAUUUAGGCAAUUUCAGUUGUUUUAUUUACAUAUUUUUUGUUCUUUUGCCAAGUUCACAAAAAUUUCGAGGAAUCGUUGUCGUUAUUGUAAAUUUUUGUAAAUUUUAUAACAUUCGCUUCUCACGUUGUGUGAAGGAUCUUUCCCCCGGAAAACCCAUUUUUUUCUUUAGCAACACAAAUGCGCAUGCGCUAUCAAGCCGUAUAUAACGAUGGCGUGAUGAUGCUAGGAAGGAGCGCUGGAGCGACACAGUGUUGUUUUCAAAUUAUAAACAUUUUAGAUGUGAAUAUUGAGUAAAUCUUUGAGAAUCUACGCAAUAUAUAAAUCGAUGUUAUGCAUUACGGACAUUCAAUUAAAGAUCGAUAUUAUUUUGAGGGUAUAUUCAUUGUGCAGAGCUAGGAAGCAGCGAGACAGUGUUGUUUUCAAAUGUAUAUAUAAACAUUUCAGACGUAUAUUAUAUUGCGAAAAUCUUUGAGAUACAACGCAACGCAAUAUAUAAAUUGAUGUUAUACAUUACGGGCAUUCAAGUGUCGAUAUUAGUUUGACGGUAUAUAUUCAUUGUACAGAGAUGGGAAGCAGCGAGACAGUGUUGUUUUCAAAUGUAUAAUUAUAAACAUUUCAGACGUGUCAGUAUUAUAUUGAGAAAAUCUUUGAGAUACUACGCAAUAUAUAAAUUGAUGUUAUGUACUUAUGCAUUACGAUUUACGGGCAUUCAAGUGCCGAUAUUAUUUGGAGGGUAUAUUUAUUGUACAGAGCUAGGAAGCAGCGAGACAGUGUUGUUUUCAAAUGUAUAAACAUUUCAGACGUCUAAAUUAUAUUGAGAAAAUCUUUGAGAUACUACGCAAUAUAUAAAAUCGAUGUUUUGCAUUACGGGCAUUCAAUUAAGUACCGAUAUUACUUAGUUUGACGGUAUAUUCAUUGUACAGAGCUAGGCGAAGCAGCGAGACAAGUGUUGUUUCGAAAUGUAUAAACAUUUCAGACGUGUAUUAUAUUGAGAUUUUCUUUGAGAUACUACGCAAUAUGUAAAUUGAUGUUAUGCACGUAAUGCAUUCAAGUGCCGAUAUUAGUUUGACGGUAUAUUCAUUGUACAGAGCUAGGAAGCAGCGAGACAGUGUUGCUUUCAAAUGUAUAAACAUUUCAAACAUAAAUAUUGAGAAAAUCUUGGUUUACGUGUCUAGCACAACGUCAACGGUGCAAACUCGUGUUCAGACUUCAGUGCAACGAGAACUCUACCAGAUCUUACGAGAAUCUAUCUGUAUCAAAGCUUGUCAAAACUGCUACAAACACUGCUAUAACUGUGAAACCAUUGAAAUAUUGAUUACAUGCGAAAAGCUGAAAAUGAAUCAUGAACACAACGUGACCUUCAAAUAACUCAAAGGUCAGUGAGCUUGUUAUUGUGACACGUCACAACUAGGUUAAAUGCGGAAGCGGAUGCGAAACGGAGCGGAUCCACGGAACGGAUAUGGAGAUAAAAUGCGGAACGGAACGGACUUGGAUAAAUCCUCUUUUUUUACGUUUCCGUGUUUUAGAUUUAUGUUUUUUUUGUCAUGGAACACAACGUCGUAGUGCUUAUUAAUUAUUCAUAACAUAUCUUAUAAAGCUAUUUCAAUUAAAGUUGUGACUGGGACAAUAGUCAAAUGUACAAUAUGGGCGCUAAAACGAUGAUGGCAUUGGCAAUAAUCAUAGAUUUAAGUACUAUUUAAAGCACGCGUAGGAGUGUUUUAUCACAUAUAAAACACGACGCGUAGCGGAGUGUUUUAUAUGUGAUAAAACACGACUACAAGUGCUUUAAAUAGCUUCAAAAACGACUCAUCUUAUACGAGUUCAUUGGCGAAGUAAUUUUUAAAAUAAACUUUGUCUAAACCGAGAAAAUCAAAGCUAAAGUUUAUGUAAAUUAACAUGAUUUUUUAUCACAUAUAAAACCACGACACGCUUAUGAUUUUUCUUUGUGUUUUGCUCCUGAAUUAUUAAUGAGUUUUUGAAAUAAGUUUAGCAUAUCAGUAGCCUUGUGGGGAUACUUGGCGACAGCUCCAAUAAAUUGUGUCAGUUCCACGAAGCACGACGUUUCUGAUGUGUUAGGCUUGUUUUAAACGUCGGGUUACUCGUGUGCCGAACGCAUUAAAAACAAUAGAUAAUGAGAUGAAAUGCCUAUGAUAAUUGUUUAUUUCGUAGUGUAACCCAUCAGCUUUUCUAGGUUGUCGGCGAUCCUAUAUAAUCCUUGCAGUGUCUUUCAAUUUCAAACUUUACAACAUAACAGAAAUUAUGCCUUGUCACUAUAAUAUUAUAUGGGGAAAUAAAUAAUAUUACAUAACUCUCGUUAUUCUUCAACCGUAAAGUAUUAUAUUUAAACCAGAUCUUAGCAUUUUUACUGUUGUAACAGUUCCCCGCGCUAUUACGACAUGUGAUUAAGGCUAUAAACCACGCUUGAAAAGCUAUUCAAUUAAUAAGCAUGCCUUAUAGCGUUUGUCUUUGAAACUCUGCACUAUCCUUGGAUCCCUAGUUUUUUGUUAAAUUGCUUUUUAAUACAGGCUACUCCAUCUUGUUUUGGUUGGGGGUGGAACAAACAAAAUUAUACCAUCCCACCAAAACUCAAUUUUAAAGUCGUCAUGGUACCUAAUACCCGAUCGGAGAUUACCCCCUCACAGGCCAAAGGGAUUUACACACGUACAAAUUACACACGUAAAACGCACAAGCUGUAACAAACCUGCAGCAGACUUUUACCAAUGCUGUUCUAACAACUUGUCAACAGGAUGUGUUCCAAGCUUGUUCACAAGUUGUCAACUGCUUAUUGACAACUUGCUGCAGUGUUGUUGUGCUCAACAGACUUGUUCCAACAACUUGUUAUCGUCUUGCAAUUCAACAAUUUCAAGAUCUCCCACGGCCGAAAACUCUUUGUUAUGAUAAAUCGACCAGUACAAAAGAUUUAAUCGUAAACAAUCAGAAUCAGAUUACUUUUGACGAAUUACAUCUUUCCCCAACGGGUUUAGCACCCAUGUCAACAUAUACAAGCGUGAAUAGUACGUGUGCAGUACAAAUAUUAAAACCGUCGAAGCAUGCAAUUGUAAACCACAGUGAAAAACAGAUUAAUCAGUCAUCUGCGACUAAUACCUUUGUUUCGAAUUUAAUCCCAAGAACAGUUACUAAUUCAACUUAUUCAAAUGAAUUUAAAAGAAGACAGAACUUCUGUUUUAACUUAUUAAACAAGGGCGGCCCGACUGAAGAAGGCUGCCACAACAACAAUAAUAAUCCACCUCGAGUGCAAUGUAAGGAUCUGCAUAAACAAGACGUUAACCAAGCUAUCCCCACACGCAUUACCUACCGUAUUCCAUCUAAGGUUAGAGCAAAUCGUCAACAGGGUUUUCGGCCGAGUUAUGCACGCCGACGGGCAGACUGGAUACAGCACCUGGAUUUGGUGCACCGUAUACUGAAUCCUUUAAUGGAAAUCGCAACCCCUGUAUGGCCACAACAUCCUACCUACCCCCCUUUACCACGAUCACAACCCCAGGGUUCCCUCUCACCAAAACGCUCGAGAUAACUCCAACAUCUUAUAAUAUCCCUGUGGUUCAACGAAAUCGCAAAAAUUUUGUUAGAGAUCCUGUUAAGUCGAAAUGCCGUAGCCACGUAAAGUUUAAUUGUAUUGAAAUUAACACGCACCAAGUAAAGAAAUGCCCUCUCCCUUCCCUCCUUGUGUCAAAUGUCUGUCACAUCACAAAUAAGGUGACUGAACUAUCUGCUGUUAUUUCCAAUAACAAAUCAACAAUAAAUUUGAUAGUAGAAUCAUGGUUAACAGACGACGUUCCCAAUAGCUUUAUAAAUAUUGGCGACAACUAUCUUAUUUUUCGUCUUGAUCGACCAACACCGAGGGGUGGAGUUCUAGCGGGGUGGAGUUCUAGCGUACAUCGAUAAAUCGGUACCAGUAUCUCGUCUGCCAAAUCUUGAAGAAGCUGGAAAAGAGGUACUUUGGCUGCUCCUUAAACUCCACCGCUCACCGAGACCCUUUAGUGCUAUCAUUGUGGUCACCGUUUAUUAUCCACCGGGGCAGUCUGUUGAGAAAGAACAUGAAAUGAUAAGCUACCUCACAGAUGGUCUGGACAAGGUCCUUCAUUCUCGUCCUUCGACAGGAAUAAUUAUUGCUGGGGAUUUUAACAAAUUGAAUUUAAGACGCCUAUGUAACCGCUUUAACCUAAAAAAAAUGGUUUCGACCCCCACAAGAGGUAAUAACAUCCUAGACCAGAUUUUGACCAACAUGGCUGACCUCUAUUUACCUGCCAAACAUCUACCUCCCUUGGGUCGUUCUGACCACCAAUGUUUGCUGUUAUCCCCCCAAAAUGUCAACAAGCUUCCCCCUACUUCCAAAAAAGUUAGACUACAUAAACCCGAAAACAAACAAACAUUGAGUAGAACUGUUGCCCUCCAAAACUGGGACAAUGUUUUAAUGGCAACAGAUGUGGAUGAUAAAGUCGAAGCAUUUAAUAGAACGAUACUCUCUUUGCUAGACAAGGCUAUGCCAGAAGUGACAAUCCGAAUGCAUACAUCAGAUAAACCUUGGAUUACCCCAAAAAUAAAGGCACAGAUUAAAGCUAGGCAAAAGGCUUACUGCCGUGGUGAUAAACCCAAGUACGACCAAUUAUGUAAAAAGGUCUCAAAGUUAAUUCGGAAUGCAAAACAAUCGUUUUAUCAUACCGAAGGGAGAGAUCUUCGCCAAAAAGAUCCUGCAAAAUGGUAUAAAACUGUCUAUACUCUUUUGGGUGCUGAAACGAAUCAUAACUCUUUACAAACUCCAUCUGAUGAAGAUCUGUCAAAGGUUGCUGAAAACCUACAAACUGCUUUUACAAACCCAUGGAAAGAUAUCAAUGUUGACCUCCCGGACAUAAAUGAAGUUAAUCACUUACUUAAGGAUACGUCACCACCGCUACCUUCCUUAGGGCAAGUACGUUCCUGCCUAAAGCACCUUAACCCAAAGAAAGCAACAGGGAUAGAUAAAAUCCCUGCCUGGUUUUUAAAGCACUACUGUGAUGAUCUUACGCCAGCGAUACAUAGUAUCAUAACAGGCAGCAUUACCCAAUCCAAGUAUCCCACUGCGUACAACCAUGCAAUUGUAACUCCGGUACCAAAGAUACAUCAACCCAAAGAUAUAAACAACGAUUUCAGGCAAAUUUCUGUGCUUUCUCAUCUAGCUAAAAUGAUAGAGAAAAUCCAGUUGGAACUCAACUCUCAUGAUUUGGCAAUAAAGGACAACCAACAUGCUUUCGUUAAAAAUCGAUCUACUGUUUCAGCCCUGAUCUCGAUGACCCAGAAGUGGUUUGAUGUAACAGAUAACUCCAAUAUUGGAAGAAAAGGGGUCCAUACUGCGUUUUUGGACUUCAAAAAAGCAUUCGACCUUGUCGACCAUAGAAUUCUAUUAAUAAAAUUAGCGGAAAUGAAUGUAUCGAAGGCCUUCUGGUCGUGGGUGUAG